GAGAGCAGACGACUCUCUGAAGAGUGACACACCAGAAUCAUCAUGGCUGAAGCUGUGCCUGCUGGGAUACAUCUCCGCUUUGUCGAUGACAUCGCUGUGAUGUGGCUCAACAACGGGGAGAACAGAUUGAACAUUAACUCGCUGCGUGCUAUGAAUGCUGUGUUGGACCAAGUUGAAAGCAAUGAAUCUACAAAAGCCUUGAUCAUCACUGGAGUUGGCAAAUACUUCAGCUGUGGUCUGGACCUGGCUUGGCUGAGCAAGCAAGAUGAUGACACUCUAACAACAUUCUUUUCAGCGUUUGAUCAGUUCUUGGCUAGAUUGCUUGUCUACCCUAUGCCGACAGUGGCAGCCAUUAAUGGUCAUGCCUACGCUGCUGGUGGCUUUAUGGCUGUGGCUUGUGACUAUCGCAUCAUGAGGACCCAGCGUGGAUGGUUCUGCUUCCCAGAGAUCAACAUCAAAUUACCCUUGCAGCCCCCAACAGUGGAGAUGAUCAGAGUACAAUGCAGUAUUGUGUGUGCAUGUAGGAUGAAGAUUCGGGAUAAUUUAGUCUUCCGGGAUUUGGUGAUGUACGGUCAGCGAGUGACCGGUGAGGAGGCCAAAGAGAAAGGUGUGGUGGACAAAUGCGUGGACAUGAAGGACCUGAUGGACACUGCAAUAGCCUUCACAAGGGAGCGCAUUGGUGCGGAUGGUUUUGACAGGACCACAGUGCAUCUGAUGAAGCAUAACCUGUACGGGAUCAUCGUCGAGAAGUCAAAGAGGGAUAUCAGUGGUGCCGCCGCCGGAAAGCUGGACACACAGGAGCAAUUGAAACGGGCCCAUGAUGCAAGGCAAGGCAAGGCAAGGCUCUAACCACCAGAGAUUUCCACUGGAGGCGAGCGUACUUGUGGUCUGUGGAAUUUAUGAGCUCAAGUGGCUUGAUUUUAAAUAAUGCAGAAUCGUAAUCAAGUCAUCAGAAGUAGUGACAAAGGCACUCCUUUGUCAUUGUUAUUUGGUGACAUGAUUUGUGACGGGACUUGUGAUUAACUUCCGAGUGACUCAAUCAAAAAAACAAAUCCAAACUAG